GCCGGGGGACGCGUGCGCAGUGCAGCCGCUCGGCUCCGCUCCUCUCCCGUUGCCUCUCCCUCUCCCUCCGGUGCCGAACCCGGGGGCAGCGCACGGGCGGCGGCCGUGGGCACGGGGCAGCGGACGGAGCUGCUCGACGGCGCGGAUGCCUGACCCGCUCCAGCCGUGCGGCUGCAGGAACGCUAACCGGGCUGCUCGGGUCACCCGCAGCCUGGGAGCAGCAGCGAGCAGCAGAAGAACCCCUGGAGCACGACCCACCCACGGCCACCGUGUAUGAGGCUGGGACGCAGUACGCAGGACCCGCGUCCGCAGAGCCACCCCUUCCGAUGUCCCGGCAUGAGACUUCUCCGACAACGGUGCAACCCGCCAGCAACCACCGCCCCAACGCCUGCUGCUUCUGCUGGUGCUGCUGCUGCAGUUGCUCAUGGAACGAGGACCGGGAGCGAGCGUGGAGGGCGUCCCGGGAGACCAAACUGGAGACCAUCCCAAACUGUGAAGCGUGCUCCAAACCCACCACGGAGGAGGUUCGGGGCUGGGCUCAGUCCUUUGACAAGCUGAUGAAGAGCCCGGCGGGUCGCAACGUCUUCCGGGAGUUCUUGAGGACUGAAUACAGUGAGGAGAACAUGCUCUUCUGGUUGGCGUGCGAGGAGCUCAAAACCGAAUGCAACAAACACACCAUCGAUGAGAAGGCCAGGACCAUCUAUGAGGACUACAUCUCCAUCCUCUCACCCAAGGAAGUGAGCCUGGAUUCUCGGGUGCGGGAGGUGAUCAAUCGGAAGAUGCAGGAGCCGUCCUCGCACACCUUCGACGACGCUCAGCUCCAGAUUUACACGCUGAUGCACAGAGACUCCUACCCUCGCUUCCUGAACUCUGCCAUAUACAAAUCGCUGCUCCAGAACGUCUCCCGCUCCUCCUCGGAGUCCUAAAGGCCGUGGGGACACCGGCGGGGACGCGGCACCAGGAGGGGGGGGGGGCGCACAGCCCGGCUCUCCUUCACCCCCCACCCCCCGUUUUUAGCUUUUUACCUGUGAGCCCUCGCUCUCAGGGC